AUGAGGAUUUUCAGACCACAGAGACUGAACUGCUCUGCAUCGACCUGGGCUCUUUCUGUGUGCUCUCUCAGGCCGAAUUCAAGCUUCCAUCCCUGCCAGCAGGACCAUGUCUACCAGCCUGACCACUUGUGAAUGGAAGAAAGUCUUCUAUGAGAAGAUGGAGGUGGCCAAGCCGGCCGACAGCUGGGAACUCAUCAUAGAUCCCAACCUCAAGCCCAACGAGCUGGCCCCAGGCUGGAAGCAGUACCUGGAGCAGCAUGCCUCAGGCAGGUUCCACUGCUCCUGGUGCUGGCACACCUGGCAGUCGCCCCACGUGGUCAUCCUCUUCCACAUGCACCUGGACCGCGCCCAGCGGGCGGGCUCGGUGCGCAUGCGCGUCUUCAAGCAGCUGUGCCACGAGUGCGGCACGGCGAGGCUGGAUGAGUCGAGCAUGCUGGAGGAGAACAUCGAGAGCCUGGUGGACAACCUCAUCACCAGCCUGCGGGAGCAGUGCUACGAUGAAGACGGCGGCCAGUACCGCAUCCACGUGGCCAGCCGCCCGGACGGGGGUCCGCACCGCAGUGAGUUCUGCGAGGCCUGCCAGGAGGGCAUCGUGCACUGGAAGCCCAGCGAGAAGCUGCUGGAGGAGGAGGCGACCACCUACACCUUCUCAGGAGCCUCCAAGCCAAGCGCCCAGGAGGGUUCGGGCUACAACUUCUUCUCCCUUCGCUGGUGGCUAAUUGGGGCCUCCCUCUGCCUGCUCAUUGUCUACCUGCAGUUCUCCUUCCGCGGCUCUACCUUCCUUUAG